UUCUGUUAAACUGAAGCGAAAUAGAGUAGAAAUCACCACAUACCGCGAUCCCCUCUGUCAGUUCCCACCGGAAGCCGCUCGCCGGCGCCGGCGCCGGCGCCGCCGUCUGCACCAUGCUCCGCCUCCUGAAGUGCAUCCUCACCCAGCAGCUCUCUUCUCCCUCCGCCUCCACCACACCCCCUUUCUUCUCCCUCCGCCUCCUCUCAACCGCGGCGCCCCCCAUUCUUGCAAACCCCGGCGCCGGCGGCUUCGCCGUCCAAGACUACCUCGUCGCCACCUGCGGCCUCACUCGAGCGCGAGCGCUCAAGGCGUCCACGAGACUCUCCCACCUCAACUCCCCCACCAAACCCGACGCCGUCCUCGCCUUCCUCGCCGGGCUCGGCUUCUCCAGGGCCGACGUCGCCGCCGCCGUGGCAAGGAACCCCAGUUUACUCUGCGCCAAAGUGGAGGGUACCCUCUCCCCCAUCGUCGCCGGGCUCACCGGCCUCGGCCUGUCACACUCCGAGAUCGCGCGCCUCGCCUCGCUCACCGACUACUGCUUCCGCACCAAAUCCGUGGUCGCCAAGCUGCGCUACUACCACCACCUCUUCGGCUCCUCCGACAAGCUCCUCCGGGUGCUCAAGGUCAGCCCCCUCCUUCUCUCCUGCAGCAUCGGGACGGUGGUCCAGCCCAAUGUCGCGUUCCUGCGGGAGUGCGGGGUAGAUGUUCGACAUAUUGCCUCUCUGUGCGUCAAUGUGCCGAGGCUUCUGACCACCAACCCCGAGCGCGUCCGGGCGAUGGCAGCCUGCGCCGAAGGUGUAGGCGUGCCCCGCGGCUCUGGGAUGUUUAGGGAAGCGCUGCAGGCCGUCGCGUUCCUCAGCGAGGAGGAGAUCGCCGCCAAACUGGACUACCUGAAGAACACGUUCAGGUGGUCCGAUGCCGAGGUGCGGAUUGCUCUGUCUGGGUAUCCAUCGUUGCUGAGGAGAUCAAAGGACAUGCUCCUGCGUAAGUCCGAGUUCCUUAUCUCUGAGGUGGGGUUGGAACCGGCCUACAUUGCUCGUCUGCCGGUAAUGCUCUGUCUUAGCCUGGAGGGCCGGCUCAGGCCCAGGUACGAUGUUAUAAUGUUUCUAAUGGCAAAUGGAUUGCUCAAGCGCGUCCCCAAGUACUAUCCAAUCUUCAGGGCAACCGAUAAGGCAUUCUUUGAGGCGUAUAUAUACCCUCAUAAGGAAGCUGCACCGCACCUCGCUGAGUACUAUGCCACAGCUUGCCGAGGGGAGGUGCCCACUGGAUUCACAUUGACAGGAACAAAGAAUGGGCUAUGAAAAUUGGGACUGCGUAUGGCACAACCAAAAUUCUUCUUCGUGUGGUAAGAAGAUCGGGAAAAAGAAAGGAGCCACAUCGUGCAUUUAUGAGCAAGAUGGCAUUGUGUUUCUUGAUAUAACUGUAACUGCAAAUGAUAUCUUUUGAUUUCUGAAAGUGUGCACCGCGAUGCUCUCUGGCGGAUGCACCUUUCUGAAAACCUGCAAUAUCUGUUCUAUUUUGAAUUUUAAGAGGCAGAAGUGUGUGAUCAGCACAGUGCAGAUCAGUGUCUUAAAUGAAUCUGCCUUGCUGCCCUAGCUACUAUAUACACACACCAAAUCUCGUUUUUAUUUUUUCAGGUGGUGCAAUCGUGUUCUAACUGUCUACUUUUAUAAAGCUGACCUGAAAGGUUCAGAUUUAUCAUUAUACGCGUGGCUUCUGUUUCGCACCUGGGAAUGAGAGAAGUCAGUUUUGUCACUGGAAAAUGGAACAGUGCCAUCCUCUGCACCAGAACAAAACUUAGGCUAUAGGACCUGGCAGGAUGGCGGCACCUGCAGGCGACACCGCGUCGGUGCCGGAUGAACCGGCAGGGAUUUCUCCUGUACCCCAAACACCACUACCUGCCCGAUCUGGAGCCAACCAACCAGCUUGCAAUGUUCUACAAAUCUAUAUAACCCACAGAUACAUGAGAAGGCAAAUUAAAAAAAAACAAUGGAAUUAUAUCAGUGUCAUAUAAGGGCAUCUGUACACUAGGUGCUACUCCCUCCGUAAACUAAUAUAAGAGUGUUUAGAUCACUAUUUUAGUGAUCUAAACGCUCUUAUAUUAGUUUACAGAGGGAGUACAUACUUGCUCAUCUUUUCUUGCUUGAGCUCUAAGACUAUCUGUGAAUGUCCGCCGGCCGAAGGUGACUCCUUGGCUCAGUUUCUUACGAAUCAUCAGUUUUAAAUUUCUUGCAGACCAACAGUUCAAUUUUCUUGCAAACGAAAAAUUUGAUCUAAAAACAGAAAGCAUGCUAAGAAAACAAAUUUUACUCAAGGACUAUUUGCACUUUGGUUUGUCUUGUUUUAGCUCCUACUGACCUUGUUCACUGUCAAAUUACAAUUGAAGGAGUUUGAGUUGAUGGAUACAGGAACCAGGAAGCGUCAAGCGUGAGAUGGAUUUGCAACUUUUCGUUUAGUUGACAUCUUUGUGUUUUUGUUACUGAUUUCUAGCUCCUCUGUUUUCCCCUUCUUUGUGAGAAUGUAACUCCUCUGGUUAGUAGGAUCAUUAUUACGAUAAUAAAGCUGACACACUUGACCUACAAGAUGUUCAAAGUUUA